AUGUAUAGACCCAAUACGAGAAAUGAGUGGUGGCUGUGUGGCGUGUUGUUCACGCAGGCUAUCUUGACCAUUGCCCUGGAGAUGUACGCUCUCCCUAUCUCUCGUCGGAACCACUCUAACCAGAACAGAUAUAUACUUGUGGAAUGGCAGCUAUGGGUGACUCCUACCAUCAUACAGGUCACAGUCUCUUACAUGAUCCCAAUAAACCUGGGCAUCUUAAUAUUCGCCUCUGUCUACGAGUUCAUCCUUGCUUUGGAUGCUAUCCAUCACAAAAAUAAUGUUCUCCUCUUUUCAAUAUGCAUCUGCAAUGUCUGCAGCUUCGGGUACUCUAUCAUGCAGUACAUAUCAGUGAAAGAAACCACCGCGAGACUGUUUAAGUCGCGUUAUGGGUUUCCGACUCUGGUAGAUACCACUCGCAACGUCUGGCCCCAGAUCCGGCCAGCGGAGAUCAUGGUCUCAAUUAUUACGGGAGUGUGCACUCUGCUCUUGUGCUGGUCUGUAUACCUAUUGCAUAGAGAGUAUUCAUGGGUCAUAUACAAGUCUGUUCAUGGCAACUUGAAAACACGAAUUCGUUAUUUUGGCUACGAGAUCUUCUUGGUCUUAAUAAAACUCCUCUUUUACUUCCUGCUGGGUUUCAUCAUCCAAUACAAUCUGGUGUAUGUCCAUUUUAGGGAACCUGAGUAUACUCUCACAAUGCUCCUCAUUCCGGUCGCAUUCAUCAUCAUGCUACUUGGUAUUUGGGUUGUCCAACACGAACGAACCAUUGGCGUCGUUGCUAUCAUCGUAUGCUAUCUCGGUCUAGUUGCAUAUCUCAUCAGCCGCAUUAUCGUUCUCUGUGGGGCUCGAACCGAUGGGAAGGACAUGAUGUUGUUCUUUGCAUCGGUAUCUUUGGCGCUGACUUCGGCAACGAUUUGCUGCACCGUUAUCUGCAUCAAAAACUUCGACCAAGGCUUUAAAGUCAUCAAUCAAUCGAAGAACGGCCAUGCUCAAGAGUCAUAUUCACGAGAGUCAUAUUCGCUACCUGCCGGAAAUUUUCCAGCAGAGCCGUCUCGUUCCUUUUCGCGUCCUUCCUCGCGACUCACGCUUGAUUAG